GUUUCACAAAUUUUUGCAGUAGAUUUAAAUAGCACUCAAUUUCUUUUUUCAUUUCUUUUUUAAUUUUUAAUUCCUAAUUUUUUGAGAAAAAAAUGGGCGACUCUGGUACUGAUGUAGGUACUUCGAACCCUGAACCACCACCGCCAAAUACGCCUCCUCCCAACGCAGACACAAAAAAUAGUCGUGAAGUAACUGAAGUAACUAGAGUAAUUGAAGGUUACGAUGGAGGUGCUAACGAACGUACUCCUUUAAUUAACGAACAACCGAAGCCUAUAAACAAUUUCUUGCCAGGACAAAAUAGAACAAUAAUACAUAAGAAUAAAUUACGUGAUAGCCCUAAUCGUGUCAUUUGUCCUCGUUGUUCGAAGACUGUCGAUACUAAACUUGAACGUAACCCCCCUAAUUGGACUAGUUGUUGUAAUUCUAAUUGUUCUUGGCAUUGUUGUAUAUGCUAUUCAUUCUGUUGGUUUAUACCUAACUGUAUUGGUAAAUCGGUAGAUUUUGUUCAUUAUUGUCCAGAAUGUGACGGUAAAAUUGCAAGAUAUACAAAAUUCGAUAGCUGUUGUUAGAAUGUAUUUUAGAAUGAAAUUUAGAAUGAAGUAUAUAAAAAAAUAAUGUUCUUUCAUGUAUAAUAUACACCAAUCAUUAAUUCUGUAACGUCACAAGUUAUUGAUUAUUUUUUAUCUUAUCUGUUAUAAAAUGCCCCAUUAAUUCUAUAUUCGGUUUCGAAUGAAUUUUUAAAUGGUUUGGCGCUUUUAUAGAUAAAUAUUAUAUAAAUAGGUUGGUAAUUGAUAAAAAAAAAUUAAAAUUAAAAAUAAAAUAAAAAUUGAAAGGAAUUUAAUAAAAUGGCCAA